AUGAAGAGCUGUCUGGUUGCUGGCCCACUACAGCAAAAAAGUUUUGGUUGCCGUAGAUUCACUGCUGUCCAAAUUGCAGAUCUGCGAAACCGAAGGACAGGCCGACGAAUUCCGGAUUUAGCGAAGCAGUAUCUGAUCACUUUGAGCAAACGUUCGGAUUCGGGAGACGAUGGAGCCGUGUCGGAAAACAUCGUUGGCGUUCAUGCUGAUACGGAUUUCCUUUUUAUUUUAACCACUGCCGACCUUUUUGCUUUCAAAGUGAGACAUUUUCGAGAAGAAAAUAAUCUUGUUGAAAUGACCUGA